AUCAUGUACUUUCCUGGUACUCCCUACAGCACAGUACAUGAGUAGACAGAUGUCGGCAGCAUGUUCUCCUUCUUCCAUCUCACGUUUGUCAUCUCCUUCCAUGCGGAUAUCGGGUCUGGUUCAUGUAUGGGUUCAUGCUCGUCGCUUGCACUUCACUUCGCUUCCCCUUUCUGCUCUCCAGACUUUUGUUUUCGGUCUUCCCCUCCCGUGAAUUGUCUCAAGUCGCCUCCAUGAUCCCACAUCUCAUACACUCCCCGCCGUAUCUUUCUUUCUUUUUACAGUACAAUACUCUCUGUCCCUCCACCGCCUUUUCGUUAUCGAGCCUGCUUCUCCAGAAGAUGUCAAAUCAUCUGAACCUUUACGAGGCCCCGGCCCCUCCGAUCUGUUACCCCUCGUACGUCUAUCGUCUCCACCAUAGAACCUCAUUUCUGAUACAUACCCACUUGCGUAUAUAUCCAAGACCUCAGCGAGUUUCUGCCCUGCAUUAGUGCCCAGAUGGUUCCAAAAGCGGUUCCCCCACUAUCAUUCUACUAAAGUACAGUUUGUAUCACCAGCCCAAAGGAUGACAUCGACAUCUUUCCAUCUGAUGGAGAGAGACCUCGUGCCCAAUAAUCCUCCAUUUAGCCAAACACCACACCACCACCACCACCACCACCACCAUCUCGAGUCAUGUAUUGCAA